AUGAGAGGACCAGACUCUUCGUCGACCAAAUCUAAAGCGCAAAGACGCGUUUGGAUUUUGGCUUUCAUUUUCGUAGGGGUUGUGCUCUUCUCUUUCGGCAACAAUUUCAACAACGAGGACGAAAUGAACGGGACAGUGGGAAUAAAAGAAGGUGAACGCAGCACAUGGGAGAACGUAAAGCGAAUGAGUUAUAUCAGUAGUAGUUGGAGUAGCACUAGUAAUUAUGGAGACGACUCCAUUUCAUCGACGCAACCGCGGUAUGGAAGUGAAUCAAACGAGGAUGACUCUGCUGAAGAGAUUGCAGAAGCAGGCGAAAGCAACGAGAGAUACGACGGCGAUGGAGAGAUGAAUACACAUGCGGUCAUCAAGCGCGACAACAAAAAAUUCUUGAAUAAUUUCAACGGCGCGGUGGCCAUGCACAGAGGCUCGUGCAAAGAAGGGUCUCAGAUUCAAACACCGUGGAUAGGAAAGGAUGGAAAGAAAAUAAGCCUAGGAAGUUGCACAAAAAAAGUGCUCGCGGUUUUACCGGAUACGGAUCCUUUAGCGUUUCGAAGAUACAACACGUGUGCAGUUGUUGGUUCGGGUGGGAUUAUGGUGCACAAAUCCGUAGCCGCAGAUGCUCUCGGCGAAGCUAUUGAUAAACACGACGCCGUCUUUCGUUUCAAUCUCGCGCCGACAAAAGGAUUUGAAAAGUCCGUCGGUUCAAAGACGACGAUUCGAUUGAUUAAUCGCAAACAUUUCGGCUUCAGAGAAUUCGAGAACGAAACGUCUUUGCAACACACGACAACUCCGGACGUGAUGAAACAAUUUUGGGAUUACAAGUCUUUGCAUCCAGAUUUACCCACCUAUCCGAUCGAUGGGAGUUUUUAUAAGUAUGUGAUGAGCGAUAAAGACGUGGCAAACUCUCGGCCAUCAAACGGAUAUCUCGGAUUGAAUCUCGCUUUGAUGAUAUGCGAUAAGAUUAAUGUGUACGGCUUUGCUCGCAAUUGGAAACAGCGCAAUAUGAGAUAUCACUACUUCAAUCGAGAGGAGCCGAACGAGAGCCAAAUGUUGCGGGACGGUAAAGGGGAAAUGCCUCUUCUGGAGCAUCUGGUAAAGAAGAACAAGAAUAGAAUCAAGAUGGUUCACACGUAG